CUUGAAUAAGUUGUCUCCCUUUGAAAAAAUGUAAACAACUGCACGUGUGAUCUGAUUUUUAUUUUUACGCUAUUAAUAUGCAAGUUUCUAAUCCAAACAAUGUGAAAAUAUACAAUUUAAGUGCUGGAAAAUCAUUACCUCAGUGGUUAUCAGACAGAAGAAAAAGAUCACUACAGAAGCAGGAUGUUGAUCUUCAAAGACGAAUUGAGUUGCUGCAGGAUUUUGAAAUGCCAACAGUUAGUCACUGUGUUAGAGUGACCAAUGAUGGACAGUAUAUAUGUGCUGCAGGUACAUAUAAACCAAAAGUAAGAUGUUACGAUGUAUCUCAGAUGUCAUUGAAGUUUGAGAGAGGUCUUGAUUCAGAUGUUGUUAAGUUUCAAUUUCUAUCAGAUGAUUACUCAAAGAUUGUAUUUUUACAAAAUGACAGAUACAUAGAACUUCAUUCUCAAAAUGGCAGAUAUUAUAGAUUGAGGAUACCCAAAUAUGGCAGAGAUAUGGCAUAUCACACUGCAAGCUGUGAUCUCUAUGUGGCUGGAGUUAGUUCACAGAUCUACAGAUUGAAUUUAGAACAAGGCAGAUUUCUGAAUCCUCUGUCAACUAAUUCUAGUGAAGUGAACUGCUGUGAGUUAAAUCCUGUGCAUCAUCUACUGGCCUGUGGAACAAACACGGGACAUGUUGAGUGUUUUGACCCCCGUGUUCGGAGUAGAGUUGGUAUAUUAGAUACAGUACUCAACCAACAUGUGGAAGACUUAGAUGUGUCAGUAGUGCCUACAGUAACAGCUUUGAAGUUCAGAGAUGCUUUGACUAUGGCUGUUGGUACCAGUACUGGACAUGUGUUAUUAUAUGACUUGAGAUCUGAUAAGCCUGUCCUGAUAAAGGAUCAUCAAUAUGAACUGCCAAUCAAAUCCAUAGAAUUCCAUGAUUCUCUUGACCUGGUUAUGUCCAUGGAUUCAAAAAUACUCAAACUUUGGAACAGAAAUAAUGGUAAGGCUUACACAGCUAUUGAACCAGGUACAGAUCUCAAUGACUUAUGUGUAGUUCCAGGCUCAGGACUUCUGUUCAUGGCAACUGAGGCACCAAAAGUUUUAACUUAUUAUAUACCUUCAAUAGGAACAGCUCCAAAAUGGUGCUCAUUUCUGGACAACCUGACAGAAGAAUUAGAGGAGAGUUCAGAGACACAGGUGUAUGAUGAUUAUAAGUUCUUAACGAGGAGAGAGUUAGAAGACUUAGGGUUAUCACAUCUUAUUGGGUCUAACUUACUGAGGGCCUAUAUGCAUGGCUUCUUCAUUGAUAUGAGAUUGUACCAUAAAGCCAAGUCCAUAGCUGAACCAUUUGCUUAUGAAAAGUAUAGAAAGAAUAAAAUACGAGAGAAGAUUGAGGAAGAGAGAGAGAACAGAGUACGACUAAAGAAGUUACCUAAGGUUAAUCCAGAUUUUGCCAGAAAGUUAAUGGAAGCUAAAGAAGAGGCCGCUGCUGGAAAUAAAAAGAAAAUGAAGAAAACUCCAGACAUCAUGGAAGAUAGUCGUUUCUCUGCCAUGUUUAAGGAUACUGAUUUCCAUAUAGACACUACAAGUGAGGAAUUCAGAUUGUUAAAUCCAGUUGUGUCAAAACUUGACAAAUCUAAGAAAAAGAAGGCUGUUAUAGAACAACAGUUUGAUGAAAUUGAGAAAGAAGACGACCAUGACAGUUACGAUGAUAGUAGUUCUGAUGACGAACAUACAUGGACGCAGGAAGUUAAAAAACAACAUAAAUUGUUACGUCAAGAAGACAGAGAUAGGGAACGAGAGAAGAGAUUAAAGUUUUAUGAAAUAAAAGAAGGACAAUCUUUUAAAUCUCUUGAGGACAAAAACAGGAAAAAGGAAUUGAAACAAACUUUAGCAGAAAGAUUGGAAAAAGCAGAAGAUACAACAGUAGUCGGUGCAACAGGAGCAUUUGGUAACAAAGAAAUGACCUUCAAGUUUAAAAAGAGCCAGAAAGAGUUGAAGAGACAAGAGGAAUAUCAAGCUCAUCGACGGGAAAGAAAACAAGUUAGAAGAUCGGCCGGCGAAAUAACAAAAGAACUUAAACAAAAACCAAAAUAUUGGAUGGGGAAAAGGGUAAAAUAAAAGGAAGAAAAAUUG